AGCCACCUGCUAUUCUUAUAACUCAGCUCUGUCGUGCGGCAUUUGAGGGAUAGAUUUAUGACCUCCAUCCGCAUCUCUCCUUCUGACCGUACUAUGGUCCUUCUUGUAGUUUCCUUUGCGAUUAUAUGAAGUAAAACUUUUAUUUUUUAGUAUUUGUAAACAGUUUAACACCAUGAACUCCAGCCUGGUUAACUCUUUAGCCAAAGUAUACGAUCCAAAUCCCCUUCACGGUCAGAAGUUCUCUGCAAGGAAGUUCUCCCUGACUGGAUCAGAUCUGUCCCAAGCUUCUUCAUCUUCUUCUCACUACGACGCAUCCCUACGGUGCAUGGAGGGCAGAAUAAACUCCCUCAGCUCACAGAUGGAGCACCUGCUGAUGAUGCAGCAGACCGUCCUGACCCGACUGGACGGCCUGUCCCAGGAUGUGAGAGGCAUGGGUCAGGAGAUGGCCUCCUCUCACCCGGGGAGACGUGGCUCAGGGAUCGAGGCAGUUUGCAUGGAGCUGCGUGGGGCAGUGGAGCGUAUAGAGAGUCAAGGACGCAGGCUGGAAGGAGUGGAGAAGCUGGUGGAGGGAACCCAGCAGGUGAUCAGCUUCAUUGGGGAAGUGGUGAAGAGCUCAAGGCUGGUGGAGCUUUUUUUCAAGCAGCCUGGAAACAAAAUCAGCAGGAAGGCAAAAGAUGACAAAGCCAAGCAGAGUGUUAAAGGUGGGAAAUCUCAGAAGAAAAGGAAACCUCAGGAUUCUUCAGACACCUCCUCUCUGAGUGAGUCGGCGUUAAAGGAGCAGAUUGAAAAGCUCAACAGGGAGAACAGCGAGCAUUCCCAUGUAAACGCGGAGGGUGCCGACCAGAAUCGGGAAGAUGGAGGAAGCGGGGGGCUGAUCCUGGAUAGGUCACAUGCUCCUGCAAGCCAAACUAAGGAGGGGAGGGAGGAAAGUAAGGAAAACAAGGAUAAGGAAGAAGAGAGGGAUGUGCCUGAUGACACAGAAGCAGAGGAAGAGCAGGAUGAUGGUGAAGAAAAGGGCAGAAAAUUGGAGGAUGAUGUACAGAAAAGGCUUAAAGGAGAAUCAGAAGAAGCGUCACUGUUGGACAACGUUAUUUCAGACAUGAGCAAGACGUCCCAGGAAAGCUCUGAAGACACUGAAGAUGGAGGCGCCGUAGGCAAACGCCGCGUCACAGAAGAGGACCAGAAGGAUGACCUGAAAAAGAGUCGAGUGGAGGACAGCGUAGUGAAAAACGCUGUUGGUGAGGAGGUGGAGGGCUCAAAGUCAGACGAAGCCAAUGCAGAAGCUAAAGAAGCAGGAGAGUGUGCAGUGAAAGAAUUUGUCAUUGAUGCAGGCCCUCCUCCGACCGCUCCUUUUGAUCACCGAAUUGUGACUCCUAAACCCCAUCAAAUAGCCACCUAUUACACUAUAAACAGGGAUGAGGUUCUGGGCGGGGGUCGUUUCGGACAAGUCUACAAGUGCCUGGAGAACUCGUCUGGGCUGACUCUCGCUGCUAAAAUCAUCAAAGCAAAGAGCCAAAAAGAGAAGGAGGUCGUGAGGAACGAGAUCCAGGUGAUGAACCAGCUGAACCACGCCAACCUCAUCCAGCUCUACGCCGCCUUUGAGUCACGGAAUGACAUCAUCCUGGUUAUGGAAUAUGUGGAAGGGGGGGAGUUAUUUGACCGCAUCAUUGACGAGAACUACAACCUGACGGAGCUGGACACGGUGCUGUUCAUCCGUCAGAUCUGUGAAGGGCUGCAGUACAUGCACAAAAACUACAUCCUGCAUCUUGAUCUCAAGCCAGAAAACAUUCUUUGCGUCAGCAGAGCUACAAACAAGAUAAAAAUAAUUGAUUUUGGCCUGGCAAGGAGGUAUAAACCCAGAGAGAAGCUGAGGGUUAAUUUUGGAACGCCGGAAUUUCUCGCCCCUGAAGUCAUCAACUAUGAGUUUGUUUCAUUCCCAACAGACAUGUGGAGUCUUGGAGUCAUCACUUACAUGCUGCUUAGUGGCUUGUCUCCAUUUCUGGGGGACGAUGACAAUGAGACACUCAAUAACAUUCUGGCCUGUCAGUGGAACUUUGAGGAAGAGGAGUUUAGAGACAUUUCCGAUGAGGCCAAAGACUUUAUCACCCGGCUGCUGGUGAAGAGCAAGAGCUGGAGGAUGAGCGCAACAGAGUCCCUCCGACACGCCUGGCUAUCCGACCGAAGCUUGCACUAUCGACUAAAUUUAAAGAAAAACAAGUGCCACUCCUCACAUGCUCCCGCACCUGAGAACUAAACGG